UUUAAAGAUUAAAUUUAUGUUUUAGUUAAAAAUAAAAAAAGGAAAAGAAAAGGAAAUUCAUACGUGUUUAUGGUCCUCUUUCAAUAUAUUGUAAAUAUUAAUUGCUUGAACACAUAGGGUGAAAGCAACGAUGGGGAAAAAUCGAAAGAAGACAGUCCGAAUGAUGAGAGCAAGCCAAGUCCCGGUGAGAAGGUACCCCAAGAUCUUAUGACGGCGAGCCUCAUAUCGGAAGCCACCCAGCAUUUCAUAAGCGGCGAGCAACUCGCUCACCACGUGGAAUCGAACAACGCCGACGAGUCGAACAACGGCGUAAUGCGCAACGGCACACGUGCCAAUGGCAUGAGCGAUCCAUCGACUAAACCUAUUCUAGAUAACGAAGAUAAUAAUCCGCAGGAGCUGAAUGGACAUCAUAACAACACGAAUCACGGGAACGGUAUCGACGGUCAAACGAUAACUCUGGACAAUGCCACUGUCAAACAAAACAACGUGACCAACAACCGGUUAGAUCUCUCGGAGUUUGACACUCUCAGCAAUAGUAACAACAGCGGGCCAUUUCUGCUGAUGCAACCGAGCGCCGUUGGCCUUACCGGAGUCGGCGGGACACUGGCCAACGAGGACAGCCUUAACUCGAACCUCAACCCUACAGCGAUACCCUUCACGCCGAGCUUCGGUAUCCCCAAUGCGACUAAUACUUUUCAGGAUACGUUCAGCAACAAUAAGCAGCAACCGGAGAAUCCAGUACCCGGUGAGCCCCUUAUAUCUCCAUUUCUCGCUGUUUCUCAGGACGAUUAUGACGAUGGUACGACAAUAGUAUAGAAAUAUCGUGCGACA